CGUUUUUUAAUCUUUUCUCCCAAUUUUGCGUGUAAAUUAGCGAAAAUCCAGUAGAAAUAAUCAUCAAAAAUGCCGCGAAAGGUCGUAAAAAAGGAAAAAACGACCAAAGUCAAAGGAAAUACUGUUACAGUUGCCGAUAUUAAAGCUGAUAAAAUCACCCAACUCGCACAUCAAUAUUGGUCGCUCGAAACGAAGGACAAUCACUUACCUUUCGACCCGAAAGUCGUCGACGACAUCUACCGCCAUGAAAUUCAGAGCAACCAGCGACAGAGAAUUGUGAUGCUCGAGUUCAGCCAGUACUUGGAGAACUAUUUGUGGCCGAAUUACAAAGGAAACGAGGCAAAUCAUGCAUUUCUCAUGUCAAUUGUUGUCCUGCUGAACGAGAAAUUCCGCGAAAAAGUCGAAGUAUGGAAGAUUUUCGAGACAAAUACCGCGGAAUUUGCGAAUUUUUUCCGUGCUGUCAUGGAUGCCUGCUUAUCGGACCAUAAAUUGACGCCGGAAGCCAUGAAAGAACAAUCCGCAUUAAUUGUCCUGCUGAAUCACUGCUUCAACAGCAUGGAAGUGGAAAUUUGCCGGAACGAAGCGAAAAAACUUGUGUCACUUUCGAUGUGGUCCUGCUUGUUGCCAAAACGUCGCGAACAAGAGUUCAAAAACACGCCAGAAUGGAAGAAAUUCUGGAAAAAAUUACGAAAACGUGACAAACCAGAAAUGGCAGAGCAACUCGAGUACGAGAGACAUUUCCUGCAAAAUUUAAUAAUAAAAUUCCUCGGAGUUCUCGAGUCGGUGAAGCCCAAAGGGAAGGUCCUGCCGGAACUCGUGCGAUAUUGCGAACGAUUUAUCGAGUUUUUGAUUGAUAUUGAAGCGCUUUUGCCGACACGGAGAUUUUUCAACACCGUUCUCGACGAUUCGCAUCUCGUGGUUCGAGCUUAUUUAUCAAAUUUGGCACAACGUGAAGAAGGAAAACUUUUUUCGCAGUUGCUGGAUAUGUUGAAAUUCUACGCCAAAUUCGAAAUCAACGACGAAACAGGCGACGCUCUCACGGAUCACGACAUGACCCAAAUUCACUACAACAAGAUAAAAUCCCUUCAGAUGGCAGUUUUCACCAAAUAUCCGGAUUUGCGGCUUUUUGCGCUCUCGAAUGUGGCAAGUGUCGACACGCACGAGUCCCUGGAGAAGCAUUUCGGGAUGUUGGAUCAGAAAAGUUUGAAGGAAAUUGCGUGUUACUUGAAUUUGAUUCCGGAGGAGCUCGAGAAACCCUUUGAUUGGCAUCGGCAUGACGAAGAAUUUUUGCGGGCGUUGCUGAUUUCGCGACACGAGAGACGAACGUCGCAAUUGGAGGCGUUGAACGAGAUGCCAUUGUAUCCCACGGAGCAGAUAAUUUGGAAUGAAAAUAUUGUUCCGACGGAAUAUUUCUCGGGAGACGAGUGUUUGGCACUGCCGAAGCUGAAUUUGCAGUUUUUGACGUUGCAUGACUAUUUGUUAAGGAAUUUUGAUUUGUUCCGCUUGGAAUCGACAUAUGAAAUCCGACAAGAUAUCGAAGACGCUGUCAGUCGCAUGCUCCCUUGGGAAUCCGAAGAUGGCGGCGUCGUAUUCGGCGGAUGGGCUCGCAUGGCCCUACCAAUCCAAUCUUUUGCCGUUGUCGAAGUCGCCAAACCUCACAUUGGCGAGAAAAAACCAUCCCGCGUUCGUGCCGAUGUCCAAGUCACACUCAACGUCAAACACGAAAUCCAAGAAGAAUGGGAAAGUCUCCGCAAACACGACGUCUGUUUCCUCAUCACGGUGCAACCUUCCUGCCCGAUUGGCACAAAAUACAACUACCGCGAGCCCUUUAUCCCGCAAGUUGGUCUCGUUCACGUUCGUGGCUGCGAAAUCGAAGGAAUGCUCGAUCAAAAUGGUCGCGUAAUCGAAGAAGGCAUCGAAGCAAAGCCAAAAUUGCCGGGAGAGCAACGAACGUUCCGCGUGUGGCUCGAUGCCAGUCAAUAUCGGUACGACAUGGAGGCGCUUCAAGUGGGCGGCGACGACGUCUACGAAGGUUUCAACAUUUUAAUGCGUCGCAAACCGAAAGAAAACAAUUUCAAAGCCGUGCUCGAGACAAUUCGACAUCUCAUGAACACGGAAUGUGUGGUGCCGUCAUGGUUACACGACAUCUUACUCGGUUAUGGCGAUCCUGGGGCAGCACAUUACACAAAAAUGGGAAAUCAAGCAAGAACUUUGGACUUUUACGACACUUUUUUGGAUGUUGAGCACAUUAAGGAGAGUUUUCCGGCGUACGAAGUGCGUCUCCCGCAGAAAAAUGACAUUCAACGACCUUUUAAACUCACAUUUUGCGAUGUAAUUGCCGAUCCUGAUGGCACAGAAGCUCGCAUGGAUCCAAAUGCACCGAAAAUUAUCGAAGUUGAUGCCUACAAACCACUCGGAAGAGGUCCCUACACCUUUAAUGAACCGAAAAAGAACGCAAUUCGCUUCACACCGACCCAAGUAGAGGCCAUUCGUUCGGGAAUGCAACCCGGAUUGACGUUAGUUGUGGGUCCCCCGGGUACGGGAAAGACUGAUGUUGCUGUCCAAAUCAUUUCCAACUUGUAUCACAACCAUCCGAACCAACGAACGCUCAUCGUGACGCACAGCAAUCAAGCCCUGAACCAACUUUUCGAGAAAAUUAUGGCACUCGACAUCGACGAAAGGCAUUUGUUACGUCUCGGACAUGGCGAAGAAGCGUUAGAAACGGAAAAGGAUUACAGUCGCUAUGGUCGCGUCAACUACGUUUUAGCGAAACGCUUGGAUUUGUUGGAACAAGUAGCGCGUUUGCAAGAAUCUGUGGGCGUUCAAGGCGACGUCGCUUACACCUGUGAGACCGCGGGACACUUUUAUCUCUAUCACGUGAUCGGAAGUUGGGAGAAAUUUCAACUUGCUUUGAAUGAAAGUGACAAAAAAUUAUCCGCUGAAGAUUUUUCGCAACUUUUUCCGUUCACCAAAUUUUUCAGCGAUGCCCCGCAGCCACUUUUUAAAGGCUCGUAUGAAGAAAAUUUGGAAAUCGCGAACGAUUGUUAUCGAUAUAUCUGUCAAAUUUUCACGGAAUUGGAGGAAUUUCGUGCAUUCGAACUACUUCGUAGUGGAUUAGAUCGUUCCAAGUAUUUGCUGGUUAAAGAAGCGAAAAUUAUUGCGAUGACCUGUACUCAUGCGGCACUGAAGCGAAAGGAACUUGUCAACAUGGGUUUCAAAUAUGACAACAUUUUGAUGGAAGAAUCAGCUCAAAUUUUAGAGAUUGAGACUUUUAUUCCUUUGCUUUUACAAAAUCCCUUAGAUGGGUAUAAUCGCUUGAAACGAUGGAUCAUGAUUGGGGAUCAUCAUCAAUUGCCUCCGGUCAUCAAAAAUAUGGCUUUUCAAAAGUAUUCGAACAUGGAACAGUCACUUUUUACACGUCUCGUGAGACUUGGGGUGCCUACGAUCGAUUUGGAUGGUCAAGGUCGUGCUCGUUCCAGCAUUUGUUCGCUUUAUAAAUGGCGUUAUAAGCGUCUCGACGAUUUGCGGCACAUUUUUGAACGUGAGGAUUACAAACGGGGCAACGCUGGAUUCGUUUAUGACUAUCAACUUGUCAACGUGGAGGACUUUAAUGGCCAAGGAGAGUCCGAACCGAACCCCUUCUUCUACCAAAAUCUCGGAGAAGCGGAAUAUGUGGUUGCGGUUUAUAUGUACAUGCGACUUUUGGGAUAUCCUGCUGAUAAAAUCUCCAUUUUGACGACCUACAAUGGGCAAAAACAUUUGAUCAGGGAUGUCAUUACAGCGCGAUGUGGAAAUAAUCCCUUAAUUGGAUGGCCUGCGAAAGUUACGACAGUUGACAAGUAUCAAGGACAGCAAAAUGACUACAUUUUAAUUUCACUUGUAAGAACGAAAGCUGUUGGGCAUAUCAGAGAUGUGAGACGUUUAGUUGUGGCAAUGUCUCGAGCCCGACUUGGAUUGUACAUUUUCGGCAGAGUUUCGUUAUUUAAAAAUUGUUUCGAACUGCAACCAGCUUUUAAUAUCCUAACAGCAAGACCGCAGAAACUAAUGUUACUUCCAGACGAAAAAUACCCAACUGAUAGACUCGUAGAUGGAAAACUCGAAGAUAAGCCGAGAAUCAUGGAAAACAUGACAGAAAUGGCGAACUACGUGUACGAGAGUUACAUGAAAAAAGUUGACGAGAUGAAGGAACAGUACAAGGGAAUGUAUCAACCGCCGCCAGAAGAGGUACAAGAACAAGACUCUGACGAAGACGAGAGAAAUUCGUACGAAGAUGAGGACGAAAGAAUGCAAGUUGAUCAAGAAGAGGCUCCGAAAGUGGCAGAACCUGUAAAGGUAGCGAAAAAAGUAAAUUUGAAUAAACAACCGGAAAAGUUUGUGCCGUCAGUGAUUGAAAAUUUGGUAGAAGAUGUUGAUACUUCGGAAUUAGAAAAUCCAGGAAAAGGUAAAGGAAAGAAACGAAAGGCUAAGAAGAAUCAAGAGGAAGAGGAUGAAGAAAUGGAGGAGCAAGAAUAAUUAAGAGGUCGAAGUAUUUUUAUAUUUUUAACUUUUUUCGAUGAUUUCAAUAAAAGUUUGUAGA